AUGAUGUACCAUCUCACACAUCGAUCAAUUUUCCUAAAGAGGUCUUUCCCUUUGGCGACACGUCUAAUAACCACCACUACAAGUACGUCAAGUAGUACAUCAACAGCAACUGCCCCUGCCACUGCCACUGCCACUAUUAGUAGUAACAGUACUGUGAGGAAACCUACCACAACAUACCGUUCAUCAUCUGCUUCACAGCCAAGUAGCACUACAGCUACUAAAACUGCAACGAAAGCUGUCUUUUCAAAGACAUUGAAUCAAUCAUUGGGCAACAUUCCAUUGGAAAGUACCACCACCACCGCAACGAAAGGACUACCUGAUUUACCUGAAAUUAUUACCAAGGAAGAAUCUAAUACAACUAAUAAUGAUGUAGACUGGACCAAAUCUUGGCAUGGGAUAGGUAGUAAACCGUUCAAUGCGACAAUCCAAACAGAAUUAAUGAAAGAAUUAGACCCCAAAGAUAUAGAGAUUAAACCAGACGGAUUAAUUUAUUUACCUGAGAUUAAAUAUCGUCGUAUCUUGACUAAAGUGUUUGGUGCCGGUGGAUGGGGGCUUGUACCACGUUCCGAGACCAUUGUGACAAGUUCUUUGGUGACGAGAGAAUAUGCAUUGAUUUGUCAUGGUCAAUUGGUUAGUGUUGCUAGAGGAGAACAAGAUUAUUUUAAUGAAGGUGGGAUUCCUACUGCUACUGAGGGUUGUAAGAGUAAUGCGUUAAUGAGAUGUUGUAAGGAUUUGGGGAUUGGGUCUGAAUUAUGGGAUCCUGUAUUUAUUAAGAAGUUUAAGACUACUUUUUGUAUGGAUAAGUUUGUGGAACAUGUUGUUACGAAGAAGAAGAAGAAGAUCUGGCUAAGAAAGGAUAGACAAGUCGAGUAUCCUUUUAAAUAA